CCUGGAGCAGCUACUGUUAUCUGAAACACAAGGGCCAGGAUAGGGGAACAGAUCUAAAGAAGAGAUAGACAGGGAAUCCUCUGGAAUCAUCCAGGGGUCGGGUUGCUUUGUGUGGAGUGGAGCAGGAGGUGAGAAGAAGUGUUUUCCAUGUAAACACCCCCUCAGAAGGGAUAAGCGGAGAAGCGGUAGAGAGGAGGAAGGGUAGAGAGAGGAGGGGUAGAGAGAGGGGAAACGCUCCUUCUCCCUAGGAUAUUACCCCUCUAUCUGGCUACCUACUACGGCUCCUUUAAAAAAAAAUAGUGGUAAUCCCAUCACAUCAAGGAAAGGUUUCAAGCAGACCACCAUAGUCCCUGUGCCCAAGAAAGCAAAGGUUCUGCCUGGAGAGUGUGUUCUGGUGUACUCAAUGCAAUCCCAAUGCUUCAGCAGACCUCAGACCAGAGAGAGUCAACCUGCGGCUGUUGUGACACACCUGAGAUACAGACAAGAGUCACAUUGAGACAACUACAGCAGUGGGACACAAGACAACUCUCCACAUUGCUUUGUUGUUUCCUCUUAGCUGAAACCAUGGAUAUGACUACGGCCAAGACCACCGCAAGCUUUCUCUCCACUGUCUCCAGCACCUCCAUGACCCCCAUUCUCACUGUUACAACGGACGCCAGGAUGGAACAGGGGAUGGUCACAGAGUCCAGGACAAAACUCAUGACCACUAACAUUACUAUAACAACAACCAACGAGACAAGCUUCAAUGCCACCAAGCUGCCAGAGUUGGAGCUCGAGGGCUCUGAGAUUGGCAUGGUGUUGGUGCCCUUUGGCAUCAUCACUGUAAUUGGCCUGACAUUGGUCGUGAUGCUGUAUAUCAGGAAACGGAAGAGACUGGAGAAGCUGAGGCACCAGCUGAUGCCCAUGUAUAACUUUGAUCCGGCAGAGGAACAGGAUGACUUGGAACAGGAACUACUGGACCACAACCUCACAGGACCCAAUAACAAGACUCUCACGACCUCCCAGGGGACGACACAGAGGCCCAGUCGCCUGGUCUUCACAGACGUAGCCAACGGUCUCAAUGCAUAACUACACUCUUAAAGACAUGAGGGGACUACUGGGGGG